AUGGCUGCAGCUGCCGACGCCACCACACCUAUCACGCUUUACCAUCUGUUGAGUAACUCGCUUCUCUUGCGACAAAUCGCACCCUACCUGCCCCCCGCAUCCCUCUUCUCGCUCGCGCUUGCAAACCGGGCUUUCCAGGCGCUCGUCUACCACUCGCCUGAUGCAUUCCGCUACCUGGACCUCUCAACUCUAAAGUCCACCGCCAUUGCAGACAAGCAUGAGCCACUCGACCGCGGCGGCAACAACUGGCGCGCCGAGCGCAUGGACGAGGCGCUGACCGAGGACGAGUUCUACUGCGGACCCCUUCGCGGUAUAUUUUCUCGACUGGCUGACAGGCACAUCCUGGAAUGCGUACACACGCUGGUCCUCGAUGGGCUCAGUGUGCCGGCCGACCUAGUGCGCGAGAUCAUCGCCGAAGACCGCUUCAACGUGCGCAUCCUGUCGAUCCGAGAGGCGGAGCAUCUCAACGAGCACAAGCUACAGCAAGUCUUGCGGUAUGCGGUCCGCCCCACCCGCCCGCCGGGUACGCCUCGUCUCAAGGGCCUGUACGUCUUCGGCGCCAAAGAUCCCGGUCCUGCGACGGAGCCAGUGUCGUCCAAAAAGCAGCGGAGCCCGCCCCGCACCCCUGGAGGUGUCAUGAGCUCUCUUGGCGCGCAGAUCGGAGCGGAAUGGAACCAGCGCUCCAGCGACGCCUUGUCGUGCGCCUUGGCGCGCUCCGAGCAUCACAAGUGGUACCAAUCUGAGGGGCGGGUGCUGCGCAAGCGGCCAUCCCCCGAGUGGGCCGAAACACUCAGGGCGUGCGAGGGCAUCAUUUUCUUUGACGCCGUGCUCUGUAGGGGGCCGCGCCAUGAUAUUGCCGCCGUCUACGCCGAAAGCGGAUCCCGGAGUGCCUAUCUCCCACCUGCAGUUGCCAGCGUUGCUCUGGGGCCUGUGGGGUGCCAGAGUUGCCACGACUGCCCCGAGGGCCCAGCGGUUUUUGGUAGCUCGCCAGCACAUCACUUGCCGCUGUUGAGCCCGCCACUGCUCCACUCCUCCAUCAUCCGGGCUGCACAGAAGCCAUCCAUGCUGCCGGGCACUCCGCCACCGAAGCUAGUUGUCCGGUGCGAAGAGUGUCUUCGCGGUCGUUGGUGCGAACGCUGCAAUAAGUGGUGGGACGAGAAGUGCUACGCUGGGAGCGCAAGCGCCGUCCACACCAACGGGUCAACGCUUACCGCCAUGCAGCAAACCGAGGCCCUGCAAGAGAUGGCGGCCGAGGGAAACCCUCCCCGAGAUAUCAAGGUACAUAUGGGUCUCUGCACUGCACACUGCCUGGUUGAGGAGAUGAUGUCUGGGGCCGGGAGCGCUGAACAACAAUUAUCAACCGGAGAACAGGGACCCAAAGGCGCGCUCAUGAUCUCGGCCCCGGCAUUAUUCACAGAGAUUGGCGUAAAGCGGGAAUGCUUCGGUUGCGGUCCAACUUGCGCUGACUGCAAGGCCCUGUUCAUUCGUGCCUGCCGCACCUGCCGCAACGAAUACUGCAUCAUUGAUAACGACGGCUCUUCUGCUAUCGCUGUAUGA